AACUCAGGCCUCAUCGAUCUGACCUCCUGCCAGCCUAAGAGAAAGCCGGAGGUCAGAGAUCGGAGGUCUUGGGAGCCCUGACCCAGCCGGGUCCCAGGUUUCACUGUGGGCGAGUCAGUCCAAUGGCGGGGCCCUGACCAGAACCCAGGAGCCUUGGAGAUGAUCUGAAGACCCUAUUUUUUGGCCCCCAGACACAGAUCGCAGUGGGAGUUCAGGGAAGCCUCUGGCCAGGAUGUGAUUUUUUUUGGCUUCUAACGCCAAAGCCCACCUCAUCUUUGUCUCCUCUCACCGGCCACACUUGUGCAGCCCCACGUUGGAGGGGGAUCUGAGUGGACGUCUUCCAUCUGCCACCUUCCAUCUGGUUCUGGAGGCAUAGAAGCCUGAGCAGGAGCCUUCGGCAUGGGCAGGCAAUGGCUUUCAGCCCCUGGAAUUCUCCUGGCUGCAGUCCUGGUGGUCUCAGCUUCUGCUCUUCCCCUUCUUCCUGCUCACAAAGUCCUGGGCUGGUUUCCUGUGGCCUCUAGCACAUCUGCUUUGCAAGGUGGCAGCAAGAAGACACCCCCAUCGUUAAACUCCUUGGUGACAGUCCUUGCAGGAGUCUCUCCCUCAGCCAAGAGGGCAGAGGAAGCUUCAGUCCAUGCUCCUGCUCUGAGGAUCUUCAUCACCUCUGGAUCAACCAAACAGCCGGCUGGAACACUGCCUCCCCCCACCACUCCUGUAUCCACAUCUGGAUCUCCACAGUGGCUGGCCUGGCCCGUGGGCAGGCCCACCUCCAGCCCCAGUGCCCAGGGACUGUCGGCAACAGAGGCCAGCAACUCCAGGCCAGGGCCCUCCCCACCUCCAACACUGGCUCCAGGGACCCCAGAGAAGGCUGUGUCCUCCGCAUCCCACGGCUCACUUGCCUCGUUUACAUCCAUCAGUAACACAUCGGCUGCCACAAAGCCUCAUCUCCCUGGAGCAGCCGUGUGGUCAAGGCUGGACACGGUCGCUGCAGCCCUCACAGUGGGGUCAAGGUCACCCGGAAGUGGUCUGGCAUCCCGUCUGGGCCCAGGGCCCAGGGGUCCUUCGGUGUUGCCGGUGCCCUCAACGGCACCCUCUUCACGGUCAUCAUCACCGUCACUGCCCCUGUCAUCCCCAGCCCCUGCACUUCUGCCUCUGUCAACAUCACUGUCACCAGUCCUGGCCCCCGUUUCCACCUUCACCACCAGAGCCAGGAUCUCUCCAGACACUCCUGUGUCUGCACGCCCACCCAUGGCCACAGGCCUUCUCUUCAAGGUUUCUAGUGUCCCAGCUGCCCUGCCGCCCCUGGUGGAUACAGAGGCUGCGCUUCAGGGGACAGUCCAGCCUGGGCCGGUCGCAGCUGGCCCAGCCCCCUGGGCCACCCUCUCCCUCAGAGGUGCCCCUGGCCUUCCUUCUAGCUGUGCAAGUGUCCCUGAAGACGCUGCCUCCCCCAAGUCAUCAUCCUCGCCUCAUCCCGGGCAGGCUGUCUCCUUGCAGGACUCGGGAUUCUCCUCCCCAGGACGUAGUCGUGUGACCCGUUCAGUGACUUUCAGGAUCACCAGUGAAGACUUCUCAGCAGCGCUUGGGAACCCUGCCUCCCCGGCGUACCAGCUGCUGAGCAAAAACAUCCGCCACCAGCUCCAGUCCAUCUAUCAUGAGGCCUUCUCCAGUUUUGAGGGCGUCAGCGUCCUGCUCUUAAGGCCUGGAACUGUGGCCGUGAAUGCCUCCCUUGUGUUUGGGGGCCAGGCCCCGGGGCCCUCAGCCCGUGACGUCCUCUGGACUCUAUACCGCAAGGUCAAGGCCGCAGGGCAGAUGUUGGGGAACCUGUCCCUGGAUGGGAGCAGCCUGGCCUCUGAUGGGUCCAACCUGAGUGACCUGGCCCUGGAGACCAUCACCAUCCAAUUCACGGCCAUGAGGCCCUUCCAGCCCCUGCUCCUCCUGCCCGGCUCUGCCCCCUUUGUCCUCUUGGAAGAGAAGAUCCUCAGACAGGUCACGCCCGUGGCGUCAGGAUUCUUCCCGGUGCAUCCACAGCAAGGCCCCCUGCUCCUCUUCAGCAAUGUGGACCAAUGGGUGGGUGUUUACAUUGAAUACAAGUUCCAGGCCCCCAUCAGUACCCACCUCCAAGGCUUGGCCAAUCACCUGGCCCAGAACAUAAUGGAUCCCGCUGUCCAGAAAUCCAGCAUCACGGCCAAUGGGGAGAAGGCAGAGCUGGUGCUGUAUGAGGUGUGGCUGCAGAUUGUGGACCAGCCCUUCAACAAGGCCUGGAAGGACAAAACCAGCCCUAAGUUCUGGAACCUUCAGGGGAACCUGACGAGAUGGCUGACUGCUGUCCUCAGACCACUGCAGAACUUUGGCCAAGUGGUGGUGAAAUUCCAGCCCAACACCCUGACCGCCUGGGUGGGUGCCACCUUCUUCAGGGCCGCGCCGGUCCAAGCCCUCGUGCAGGACUGCGUGCUCCAGGCUCUGCCCGCCCUGCAGGAAGCUGAGGGCCUCUUGCUGGAGGUGAUCAACCCAGACCUUGGUCAGUGCCCCUCUCCCUGCUUCCCUCCAUCUCUGUCCUCUGACAAUGCUGCCUCUUCCAGGAAGCCCCCCAAGGUGGCCCCAGCUCCAGAGCUCUGCUCCUACAGUAGAUUGUGGGCCAGGAUCCCUCGCCCAAGACAGUUCUGCAGGCCUGGCUUUGCCUUCUCAGGGGUUUGUGGUCUAGAGGGGUGGGGAGCCACCCCAGCCAUCAACUCCCUGCUUUGUUCUGAACCUCAGGUCAGCCUGGCAUCACCCUCCCCAGCUAUGCUGUGGUUCUCCUCGUUCUGGGCUUCCUGCUCACUGCACUCGCCCUUGUCCUGGUGCUGAAGAGGAAGACCUGCUUCCGGCAGUUCAGCCAUACACAGUGAGGUACAGAGGUCAGUCCUUCCUGCUCCCCCUGGGGGUUUUUUCUGGGUGGGGUCUGCUCCCCCAGUGCCAAGGUCUCAUGCAGACAUUUCCCAGUGGGUGUUGACAGAGCUGGUGGUACAGUCACUGCACCCCAAUAGCGCAUCCCCUUUCAUGGGGGUGACCCAGGGGUGGUCAAGCAAAAUCCUCUAAACAGGCUCCACUUAUCCCAGCCAUCCUCCACAAGCCCCCAGAAAUGAUGCAGAAGGGGAGUGGACAGAAACAGGACCCAAGGCUCCAUGUGGUCACGAGAAUUGGGGAGGGGAGUUGCCUCCAGCACUGGAGCUCCAGGCAGUGGUGCCUCCAGGCUCUGAACAUAGGGAUGCAUGUGUCCCAGCUCAGUUUCCUCUCUGAUCCCCAGGUCACGUGGAUGGGGGCAGGUAGCACCUUUCUGGGGUACAUCGUUAUUCCCGGCUCUGAGCAUCUGUCUCCCCCCACCAGGUGCCCCUUCAGCUGCUGCUCCCUCCACUGAAACCAAAUUCCAAAAGUCUCCUUCUCCCCCAGCCUUGCCCCCAGCAUCCCAUAGUCAGGGCCUCAACCCUGAGAAGUAGAGCCAGAGCAGCAAGAUGCCAGAAAGGGCUGGGGGGCAGCGGGUGCUUCUCUCCCAGGUCGCCCAAGGACUGGAUUCCCCGGGCUGGGGCAGAUGGAGGGCGGGGAGCAGUGCCUUUGCCCCCGCACCAAGGAGAGCAGCUGAGCUUUACCUACGCCCACAAUCUCCCCGCCACAAGUCUCAGAAAACACUCAUUACCAUUGUCAUGUUCACUCAGGUCAGGCCCUGAAGAGCUGAACGUGGCAAGAUGAUGGCCUGCGGAAGAUGCAGGAAGGGGAACAAAGCUGGCUCCCUCCCGCCUGGCCUGGCUUCGUGGUGGGGCUGGAGGUAUAUGGGUCUCAAGACAAACUCCUGUCCUUUGGGGUAUGGAAAAUUAAAUGACAAGGAGCUAUCAGAAGUUGGUGUAAGAGGUUGAUUUGGGGAGUUCCCGUUGUGGCGCAGUGGUUAACGAAUCCGACUAGGAACCAUGAGGUUGCG